CCAGUAGCACAAAGCACAAUGCACGCUCAAUACUUCUUGGUUUGCUUUCUUCUCGUUGGCGCCUAUGGAAAACCGUGGCAGCAAGACGAAGGUAACAACAACCCACUCUUCGACGGUAACAGUGAUGCAGCACCUGAAGGAGAACAGUCAGCCUUAGCGCCAAGUGGUCCAGUUGCUGAAGAAGAAUUCGGUCCAGCGGAGGACGAUUCGGAUGGUGGCUUACCGGGGCUACCAGGAGGUGCUCAAGCUGAUGCUGGUGCAGGUGGCGCAUCAUACAACGUCUUCUUCCCUAUCCAGAUUAGGUCCAGCGGUUCUCGUCGGCGAGGCGCAGACGAUGAUGGUGCCGAUUCAGGAUCUUACAACGCGAUUGCCAACUCUUUUGCUACUGGUCGUAAAGGAAUUGCUACUAGCCAUGCAACUGCUUUAGGAGGUGCUUCAGAUCCAGCCAGGUUCCACAAUUUACAACAAAAGCCUGACCAGCAAGCAGAAGCUAGGAAGUAGAGGAUUUUAUUCUAAUUACGUCGAUAGUAGUCAUCGUAGAAUGAUAUGA